UGUAUCCACAGGCCCUGAGGUACUGGUGCCCAUGGGCAAAGAGGCCAACUAAGCCAAACCCAGGCUGCUCCCAGCCCAGCUGCACCCAAUACGACCCAGCCACAGGAGUCCUGCUGAGGAGCCCUGAGCCUGGAGUGAGGCCUGAGAGAGGCCAUCUGCCUGAACUCAAGGUGAUAGACUGGCUGGUCCCUGAAGGCUCCAGGGGAGGUUUUGUCUCACCUUAUCCAGCUUCAGGGAUCCUAAGGCAAUGUUCUGGCUGUCUUGAGUCUGUGGGCUGCACGGCCUCCUGCCCAACUCUUGGGGCUCUGACCAGCCUCAAGCUGAUUCCUGUCCCUACCUGGUCUGAGGGGCCCCUCGUGCUUCAGUACUCAGUCAAACACUACAACAGUUACGUGCACGCUGAGACCCACAGACUGCUGCUCCCCAGGCUUCCGGCAGUCCCUCUGUUUGACUCCCCUGUGCCUCUGACCCAGGUGAGCGAGAGGAUGCUGGCGGGGGGCAUGAGAAGCAUGCCCAGCCCCCUCCUGGCCUGCUGGCAGCCCAUCCUCCUGCUGGUACUGGGCUCUGUGCUGUCAGGUUCUGCCACGGGCUGCCCGCCCCGCUGCGAGUGCUCAGCACAGGACCGAGCGGUGCUCUGCCACCGAAAGCGCUUUGUGGCAGUGCCCGAGGGCAUCCCCACCGAGACUCGUCUGCUGGACCUGGGCAAAAACCGCAUCAAGACGCUCAACCAGGACGAGUUUGCCAGCUUCCCACACCUGGAGGAACUGGAACUCAAUGAGAACAUCGUGAGCGCCGUGGAACCCGGCGCCUUCAAUAACCUCUUCAACCUUCGGACGCUGGGGCUGCGCAGCAACCGCCUGAAGCUCAUCCCGUUGGGUGUCUUCACCGGCCUCAGCAACCUGACCAAGCUGGACAUCAGUGAAAACAAGAUUGUCAUCCUGCUGGACUACAUGUUCCAAGACCUAUACAACCUCAAGUCGCUGGAGGUCGGUGACAAUGACCUCGUCUACAUCUCCCAUCGAGCUUUCAGUGGCCUCAACAGCCUGGAGCAGCUGACUCUGGAGAAAUGCAAUCUGACCUCCAUCCCCACCGAGGCGCUUUCCCACCUGCAUGGCCUCAUCGUCCUGCGGCUACGACAUCUCAACAUCAAUGCCAUCAGGGACUACUCCUUCAAAAGGCUGUAUCGACUCAAGGUCUUGGAGAUCUCCCACUGGCCCUACCUGGACACCAUGACCCCCAACUGCCUCUACGGCCUCAACCUGACAUCCCUGUCCAUCACGCACUGCAACCUGACCGCCGUGCCCUAUCUGGCCGUUCGCCAUCUGGUCUAUCUCCGCUUCCUCAAUCUUUCCUACAACCCCAUUGGUACUAUCGAGGGCUCCAUGCUGCAUGAGCUGCUGCGGUUGCAGGAGAUCCAGCUGGUGGGUGGGCAGCUGGCUGUGGUGGAGCCCUAUGCCUUUCGUGGGCUCAACUACCUACGUGUGCUCAAUGUCUCUGGCAACCAGCUGACCACCCUGGAGGAGUCUGCCUUCCACUCGGUGGGCAACCUGGAGACGCUCAUCCUGGACUCCAACCCCCUGGCCUGUGACUGCCGGCUGCUGUGGGUCUUCCGGCGCCGCUGGCGGCUCAACUUCAACAGGCAGCAACCCACCUGCGCCACACCCGAGUUCGUCCAGGGCAAGGAGUUCAAGGACUUUCCAGACGUUCUCCUACCCAACUACUUCACCUGCCGCCGGGCUCACAUCCGGGACCGCAAGGCGCAGCAGGUGUUUGUAGAUGAGGGCCACACGGUGCAGUUUGUGUGCCGAGCGGAUGGCGACCCUCCACCGGCCAUCCUUUGGCUCUCACCCCGCAAGCACUUGGUCUCAGCUAAGAGCAAUGGACGACUCACAGUCUUCCCUGAUGGCACGCUGGAGGUGCGCUAUGCCCAGGUACAGGACAACGGCACGUACCUGUGCAUCGCAGCUAAUGCUGGCGGCAACGACUCCAUGCCCGCCCACCUGCAUGUGCGCAGCUACUCGCCCGACUGGCCCCAUCAACCCAACAAGACGUUCGCCUUCAUCUCCAACCAGCCAGGCGAGGGAGAGGCCAACAGCACCCGCGCCACCGUGCCUUUCCCCUUCGACAUCAAGACGCUCAUCAUUGCCACCACCAUGGGCUUCAUCUCCUUCCUGGGCGUUGUCCUCUUCUGCCUGGUGCUGCUGUUUCUCUGGAGCCGGGGCAAAGGCAACACAAAGCACAACAUCGAAAUUGAGUAUGUGCCCCGGAAAUCGGACGCAGGCAUCAGCUCGGCUGAUGCACCCCGCAAGUUCAACAUGAAGAUGAUAUAAUGACGGGGCGGGAUUGGGGCACAGGGACACCCCCCGGGGGAACACUGGGCAAGGAAGGAGCCGGGCUGCUGCCCACUCAUUCCCAGGCCUUCCCACCUCCUUCCUGCCCUCCUCCCCGCCCUCCCCUUCCCCCCCACGUGCCCCUGCUGCCUCUCCAGCCCUCACCGCCUGCCCUCCUUCUACCAGGACUUCAGAAGGCCAGGCCUGAGGACCCCACCUACACAGGGGCCAGAGUUGACAGACGAAUCCAAAGCCGACGAACCGACACGCGGCAGAGUCAAUACAAUUUAAAAAAAAAAAGUUACAAACUUCCUCUGUAACUUGGGUUUCAAUAAUUAUGGAUUUUUAUGAAAACUUGAAAUAAUAAAAAGAAAAAACUAUUUCCUAUAGCUAGUCGGAAUGCAAACUUUUGACGUCCUGAUGGCCCCCAGGGCCUUCUUCCAACUCAGUUUCUUGUUUUCUCUUCCUCCUCCUCUUCCUCCUUUCUCUUCUCUUCCCCCGUGGGGAGGGAUCACUCAGGAAAACAGGGAAGGAGAUUCCAGCCCCACCCUCUGGCCCACUCUGCUAGGUGCCAUUUGGAGCCAUGGGUGGCAGCUCAGCUCCAGGACCCAGCUCCAGCUGGCUUUUCACAGGAAGUAGGGGAGGGGACAGGACUGCCCAGUGUGGGUGGGGCUUGUCUGCUGGCUGCCAGGCUGCACUGCCAAGGGGAGGUGGGGGGGGGCCAGGCUCGGGUGUGGCUGAAACUGGGACGGGCUGGGGUCCUCCUGUGGGAACAGCACAGUCAGUGGAAAGAGUCAGGAGCCAGAGGCAGGCCCGAGUCCUCUCCUCUGGUUCCAGCUCUGCUGCUCACUGUUGUGUGACUCAAGCAGGUCACUGGCCCUCUCUGGGCCUCAGUCUCCACAUCUGUACAAAUGGGAACAUUAUCCCUGCCCUGCCUACCUCACAGGGCUGUUGUGAGGAACUGAUGAGAUGAUGUAUGUGAACCACUUUGUAACCUGUAAAGCGCUGUGCACAUGUG